GUGUAUUUCGCUGGGAUGUUCCGCGUGGCCAACGUAGAAUUUAUCCCAGAGUACCGACACGCCGACUCCAGCGAGUUUUUGUCGAUGGCGAAUCGGAUACAGCACGUGGUCAGUAGUGUUUACAGAAGGUCAGAAGUGUCCAGGCUCUACAGACACGCCAUCAUAUCCGACCUCAGUAACAAUAAUAAAGGUGGGGUGCUGGUCCAUUUCUGGGUGGUGUUUGUGGUUCCGAGGCUGAAGAGUCCAGAAGUGUGUGAGGAAUGUGUUGGAGCGAUACUAAGGGAUUCUGUGUUGACCAGUCUGAAAAAUCGAUCAUCGGUAGGCUAUAUACUCGGCCUGCCUGUUGACAUCGACUCCAUCCUGGUCAACGCUGUUUUGCGUUCAGAUUACACGUCAACAGCCAUGGGCUCAGAGUGUGUGGAUAAGCUGUACGCCAGUCUUCCUGAGUCCACGGUUCCCCUUAACGUGUUUUCCUCCUGGGGGGGGCUGAGCUGUCACGUCAAACUGACCUCCACCCCCAGCACGGUCAUCCGCUUGACCAUCGACGCGUUCCGCAUCGAGCCGAGCGACUGCGUGCAUGACUCCCUCACCGUUUACGACGCUCUGCUCCCCAUGAGAGGCAGGACCCUGCACCGGUUUUGUGAGGCUGUGUAUGAUUCCGUCUCAGUCAUCUCUACCUCCAAUGUCAUGCUGUUGUCCUUCAGACUGACACAGGGAAGCAAGAGCUUCAGAGGGUUCUUCCAGGCUGUGCCAGACGAGCAGUGUGUGAAUGACAUCCAGGUGUCUGCAGUCCCAGGGGUCUAUGGAGAGAUUACCAGUCCCUUCUACCCCAGCCUCAUACCGCCGCAGUGCUCCUGCACGUGGACGUUUCAGACUCCGAACAGUGGUCUUGGUGUUGCUCUGACUUUUCAAAACUACAUCCUCAAAUUAAAGGAUCUGAAGGCUUGUGAUCACGGCUGGUGGAAAAUCAACGAGGUCAUAUACUGCGGUAGCUACAUUGGCCACCCGACGGUGUUCCGAAUUCCGAAUCAGAACCCAGAGGUGGUGUUCCGAUGCAGCGCCCGCAGCUCCGACCAGCCCUUCAGCUCCACCUACAGCAGCUACAACAUCAGCCAACCCUGUCCUGAGGGUUAUUUCCUGUGCUCCACGGGCCUGUGCGUGGAGAAGGACAGACGAUGUGACGGUCUGGAUGACUGCCAGGACGAGAGCGACGAGAUCUUCUGCUCAAAACCCAGCAAGAACUGUGGAGGUUCAUCUCCUUUGCACCCUAUUUACGUUUGUAAUGGAGAGAUGGACUGUACCAAUGGGAGGGACGAAACCAACUGCACUCUGGAGACGAGCUGUUCUGGGAUCCGGUACCGCUGCAGCAGCGGAACCUGUAUUCUGAAGAAGAACGCACGGUGUGACGGAGUACCCGACUGUGUGGACCACAGUGACGAGAAAGACUGUGCCUGUGGACGCCCUGUUCCUGUAAAGCGUGUGGUGGACAGUGGCCAGCCUGAGGCACGGGUAGUGGGCGGGGUUAAUGCAGUGGAGGGGGAGUGGCCUUGGCAGGUCAGUUUGCACUUUUCUGGUCACCUGUACUGUGGGGCGUCGGUCAUCUCCAGUGACUGGCUCGUAUCUGCCGCACAUUGUUUCAGCAGAGACAGGAUGUCGGACCCUCGGCAGUGGCUCGCCCACCUCGGGAUGCUGACGCAGGGCGGCGCCAGGCACGUGGCGGAGAUCCGCCGCAUCGCUGUGCACGAGUAUUACGACCCUCGCAGCUUCGACUACGACAUCGCCCUGCUCCAGCUGCGCAGACCCUGGCCCCCCGGCCUGGCGUCCGUCAUUCAGCCCGUCUGCCUGCCCGCCCCCUCCCAAACCCUCACCCCCUCCCACCGCUGCUGGGUCACAGGCUGGGGCUACCGUUCCGAGGACGAUAAGGUCCUGCCGACGGUGCUGCAGAAGGCGGAGGUGAACAUCAUCAGUCAGAGUGAGUGUAAGAGGAGGUACGGCCCGGUGUCUCCCCGCAUGCUGUGUGCUGGGGUCCCCUCGGGAGAGCGGGACGCCUGCAGGGGCGACUCGGGAGGUCCUCUGUCGUGUCGCGCGUCAGUCGGAGAUCGCUGGUUUCUGACGGGGAUCGUCAGCUGGGGCGCGGGUUGUGGCAGGCCCAACCUCCCCGGGGUCUACACCAGAGUGGCCAAGUUUACGGACUGGAUCCAAAACCACGUUCAGAAGCAGCAGCGGCGGCAGUGGAAGCACACGCUCACCCCGGGAUCUCGUGCCAUGAGGACUUUUUUCAGAAACAGGAGUUGUGAAAUUUACAGCGUAUAUGGACGUUAUAUACCUGAGACCGCACCUGGAGGUUUACCUGCACAGGAAAACACAGAGCCAUACCAGACGCCCGGCUCCACCGCUAGUGACCAUGACAGCGAACCGAAGUCUGCGUCAGACUCCAAAACCCAGGGGCGAGAAGGGGGCACCUGGGGGUCAUGGAGGAGAAGGUUUGCCCCGGGUGCCAUCUUCCUGCUUGUCUCCAUCUCCGCUGCGGUCGCUCUGGUCCUUCAUUUCUGCGUGUGUAAGUUAAGAGGCUCUGCUCCAUCCCCUACAGAGUUCUACCUGGGAGGGAGCGUAGAGUUCUCCAAUCUCAGCUUCUCCCCGGACUUGGCUGACCCGUCUUCGGAGCAGUUCCGUGGGCAGGCCCAGGCGCUUGACCAUUAUGGUAUCCUGAGCACGCUGCCCGCCCACCGUCACCCUCAACCUCACUCUGACAUUGAAGCCCAGACAAUGGCGCUCUUGUUGCCUGGAGCUGCCUUUGCUCAAAGCCAUGAAGGUGUGGACGGGCUGAGUGUGUACUAUUGGAGUAAGUUCUGUGCCCCUGAGCCGAUCGCUGAGCAGAUCCAGAACCUGAGCCCGACCCGACUCCAGCGCCGUCUCCCCGUCACCAACAAAGUCCUCUUCAGCAGGAACGAGGAACGGUAUUACAUGGAGAAGGAUGACGACACCGCGCACUUACUGGGCUUGGACUCUGACGACGAUGACUCAGACGACAAGGCCGAGAAGAUUAAAAACCCCAACUCUUUGCAGAGUGGCAAAUGGCAGCUUGGCCUCCAAGCCAUAUCCUUUGACCUGUAUGCCAAGUACGGUAACAACCGCACGCUGAGUUUGGUGAGUCCGAAAAAGCCGUAUUACCAGUGGAGGCUCCGUGUGCCGCCCGGUCAUGUGGUUCGGCUCGUCGUCCUGACCCUGCAGGGGGCCACGCCCGGUAGCUGUUCGGCCAAUAAGCUGUCGGCGUACGACUUCCUGUUGCCUCUUCAGAAUAAGAUCAUCGCCAGGUGGUGUGGUCUCCCCAUGUCCGGCUCCGCCCCCGUCAUGAAACUCACGUCAUCUGGGAACGUCAUGCUGGUCACGUUCUCCUUCAGCAGACAAAGGCACGGAGCCAUCUUUAAAGCCUACUUCCAGGCCAUACCCAAAGCCGACUGCGGAGGGUUCCUCUCUGCCUGGAACGGUUCUCUGACAUCCCCCUACUACCCAGCGUACUAUGCCCCGAACAUGGACUGCAACUGGAGGAUACGGACUCCGUUGCCGGGUUACCUGCUCUCCAUAACUAUUUUGAUGCUGGACAUUCAGGAUUCGCCGACCUCUAGCGGCUGUGAGAAAGACUGGCUGGAGAUUGGAGGGGUCAAGUUGUGUAAUCCCAUACUGGACAGCAGUAGGAAGAGGAUCUACACGUCCCCUGUGCUGCUGCACUUCCACUCUGAUGAAUCACUGACUCAUAAAGGCUUCCACUUACUGUACAGAGCCUUCUCCCCAGAGAACAGUGUGUGUCCUCGUCAGUUUCGCUGUGGGGACGGUCGCUGCAUCGCUCUGAAGAAAGUGUGUGAUGGGGAGAAAGACUGCUCAGACGGUCGCGAUGAAGCAAAGUGUAAUAACUGUAAAGUAGGGGAGGUGUAUUGCGGUAACGGACAGUGCCGUCCUCUUGGCAGCCAAUGUAACAACCAGUUAUCCUGUGGCGCAGACAGCAGUGAAGAGAACAACUGUGCAGGUAAAUGUCACCAUGUGUGUCCCAAUAAAGUGUGUCUCCCCAAGUCCUCCGUGUGUGACGGAGUCAUCGACUGUAGAGACCGCAGCGAUGAGCUCAACUGCACGAGAGCAUUCUUAUUCAUGUAUGUGCGUUUGACGCUGUCCUAUGCAGUUCACAAAGGCUGUUCCCCUACGGCGUUCAAGUGUGCCAAUGGGAAAUGUGUGAAUAAAAUGAACCCUGAGUGUGACGGCGUGAAGGACUGCCGAGACGGCUCAGACGAACUCCGCUGCGGCUGCGGGACUCGGCCGAGGAAGAGGGCCAAGAUCGUGGGCGGGUCGGAUGCUCAGGUGGGCUCCUGGCCGUGGCAGGUGAGCCUGCAGAUGGAGCGUUAUGGACACGUGUGUGGAGCGUCGUUAGUGGGCAUUCGCUGGCUCCUGUCUGCCGCUCACUGCUUCCAAGACUCAGACGCUAUCAAGUACUCUGAUGCCCGCUCCUGGAGGGCAUACAUGGGCAUGCGAGUGAUGAACUCGGCCAGUAACGCUGCAGCAACCAGACAGAUCCGACGCAUCGUCCUGCACUCCCAGUACGACCAGUUCACCUCUGACUACGACAUUGCCCUUCUGGAGCUCAGUGCCCCCGUCUUCUUUAACGAGUUGGUACAACCCAUCUGUAUCCCCGCCCCCUCUCACACCUUCACCUCUGGAACCACCUGCUUUGUCACUGGCUGGGGGGUGCUCACAGAGGAAGGUGAGUUAGCUACGCUGCUACAGGAGGCCACUGUAAACAUCAUCAACCGUAACACCUGCAACAAGAUGUAUGACGACGCUGUCACUCCCAGAAUGCUGUGCGCUGGGAACAUGCAGGGUGGAGUAGAUGCCUGUCAGGGUGACUCUGGGGGUCCCCUGGUGUGUAUGGAGCGGGGCAGAAGGUGGUUCUUGGCUGGCAUCGUAAGCUGGGGAGAAGGCUGUGCCCGACAAAACCGGCCUGGCGUCUAUACCCAGGUCACCAAGUUCACAGACUGGAUCCACCUGCAGACUAAAGGACAGGUGUAA